UACUGUGUAGAGGAAGGUGCAAAUCUCUGUAACUUAUGGUUUCUCGGUAAUUUUUAUUAUGAGUCAUAUAAUUUAUUUUAUUGAUAAACUGUAAUAAACUGUACUGUUUUGUAAUAAUGGAGUUAUUCAUGAACAAUGAGUAUUACAUAAUUGUUGAUGGGGGACAUACAUUGUGGUGUAGUCGAAUCGAUGGGACUCUAACGCCUAGAUUGAACUCUGACGAUUUGAGCUCAUUGAAAGAAACUUCAUGUCUAGGUGUGAUCUAUGGGAUUGUUGGAAAAUUUCAAGUUCAUCCAGAUUGCAAGAGACUAAUUGUGAUUCGACAGAAAGCCCUCGUUGGGCAACUACUGGACACUCAUAACAUUUAUAAGAUACAGAAGAUUGCUUUGCUACCGUUAAGUCAAAAUGAAGUUCCUGAUCUGAAUUUUGAGAUAUGCAGAAAACAUCAUAAACAUGUUAGAACUGAAGGUCAAAUGGUCAGCCUAGAUCCUCAACCACACAGGCUACAGAAAACUUGGAACACCAUCAAGACUGCAACUACACAAGUUAAACCUAGAAAGAAAGAAAUUAAAACCAGAGAGAAAUUUGAACGAAGAAUACUAGACGAACUUCUGAAGCUGUUCACAGAAACAGAUUCAUUUUACUACUCUUUAACGGCAGACCUGACCAACUCUUUGCAACGUCAGCAAACACUGAAGGAUGCUUUAGAAACAGAAAACUCCCCCAUGUGGUGUCAAGUUGAUGACCGUUUUUUUUGGAAUAAGCACAUGUUGCAAGAACUGACAGAAUCUGAGAAUCCUGCAGCAGGGCAUUGGAUAUUACCUAUGAUUCAAGGUUUUGUAUACAUCCAGCAUUGUGUGAUCAAUAUGUCUGAAGAAGAAGACAUUACUCCUGUAAAUAAUAAUUCAAGUGGUUUCACUGAGUUGCAAAGUCCUGAUGAUGAGGAUAAACUACAGAAAACAUAUAACUUAAUACUCAUUUCCCGACGAAGCAGAUUUCGAGCAGGGACUCGCUACAAAAGACGGGGAGUGGAUGAACUGGGACACUGUGCUAAUUACGUGGAAACAGAGCAAAUUAUUCAUUAUGGAUCUCACAUAGUCUCAUUUGUGCAAGUGCGUGGAUCAAUUCCUGUAUUCUGGAGACAACUUGGGUACAAGUAUAGGCCUCCACCUCAGCUGGAUAGAGGCGAAGAAGAGACCCAAGAAGCUUUUGCAAAGCACUUUAACCAAGAACUCUCAAUAUAUAAUAAUGCAGUGGUCAUAAACCUAGCAGAGCAAACUGGAAAAGAAAAAGUUGUUGGUGAUGCUUACUUAAACCACAUUCUUUUGUAUGACUCUCCUGACAUAACAUAUAUUUCAUUUGAUUUCCAUGAAUACUGUCGAGGAAUGAAAUUUGAAAAUGUGUCAGUUCUGAUUGCCAGUAUUGAAGAUAUUAUCAAGGACAUGAGAUAUUACUGGGUUGACAAUCAUGGUCUCAUUUGUAAUCAGACAGGAACAUUCCGAAUAAAUUGUAUUGACUGCCUCGAUCGAACAAACAUUGUACAGACUGCAAUAGCCAAGGCAGUGAUGGAUACACAGUUUCUAAGACUUGGACUGUUGAGACCGGAAGGAAAACUACCUACCAGUUGUCGUCGAGCUUUUCAGGUGAUGUGGGCCAACAAUGGGGAUAUAAUCAGUCGACAAUAUGCAGGUACUGCAGCUUUAAAGGGUGAUUUUACAAGAACAGGAGAAAGAAGAAUUGCAGGAAUGAUGAAAGAUGGCUAUAACUCAGCUAGCAGGUACUAUGUAAACAGGUUUAAAGAUGCAUAUCGUCAGGCCACUAUUGACUUAAUGACAGGAAACCCUGUUAGCGAUGACAUCCUUUCUCUUAGUUCUGAGCGAGAAGUUGAAGAUGCAGAGUUGGAACAGACAGAACAGGAACAACAUGAACGUGUCAAACAGCUCAUUGAAGAUUGUAAAAAAAUUCUCAUUCCAGAAACUGAAGUGAUUUUAGGAGGGUGGGCUUUGGUUGAUGCUGAUCCUACGAGUGGAGAUCCAGAUCAAGAAGAUAUGGAUACAAUACUUGUAUUGACUAAAGAGUCCUACUUUGCAGCAGAGUAUGAUGAUGAAACUGACAGAAUUACUAAGUACCAGAGAGUUUUGUUAGAAGAUUUAGUUAAAAUUGAAUUAGGCCCAGAACCAUCCCUUUUUAAGUCGAAAUAUCAGUGCAUUCGGUUGCAUUAUCUAAUCAAUGGGCAGUCUGGUUACUUUCACAUGUUCCGGUCAUCAAAGACUCGUUUUUUUAACAAUGUUGCUGUUCCCAUCAAAACUGAAGAAGAUGCAUUGGAAUCACUGAAGGCAAUUUGUGAAACUUUCAAGGUUGCUUUGAGUGUUAAGAUGCUAAAUGUUCCAUUUUUUGAGGGAAGAUUAGAGAGAAGGAAGAGUAAAAUGCCCUUGGCCCAAGGUGGGUCUAGUGAAUAUCGUGGUGGUCGUCAGCAUGGAGGACUUAGCACAUUCUAUCGAGAACUUCCAUCAUUUUCAUCAAUGCCACGUAACAUUUCUGAGGGGCAGUUAAUGUCUUUUGUAAAUGUUGGUUCUCGAGCUCUAAGUAAUGUGACCUCUCAAUUCGCUAAACUUAACCCUAUUCGAAAUGUGCGAGUGCUUGGGAAACGGCCAGGGAAUGGAAGUUCUGUUCAAGGUACUGGCCCAACUAUCAUUGAUGCAUUACAAAGACAAUGGCAACGACCCGUAUUUCAGAUGGAUAGUUCAGAAGAUGACUCUGAAGAGGAUUCUCUAAGGCGUCAGAAGAAACAGAGUAAUACCAGUCUUGGCACAUAUGUCAGUUCUGACUUCUCAGAAUGCAGUGAUCUGGAAGAACAAGAUCUUUUAGCAUCUGAAAGCUUGGACCAAGAGAUUGAGAAACAACGUCAAGACUCCUUGUUGAAAAGCUGUGGUAUUUUGGCCACGAGCCCCACCUUGAAAACAGAAAGUAUCCAACCAUCUAAGUUGCAAUUUAUAGAAGACCACUUUAGUUCAAUGGAAUAUCAUUGCAAUGUUGAUGUGGAUGAUUUUGUAUUGGAUGCAAUGAGAAAGGCUUCCCUGCGACAUCUUUACAGGAAGGAGUCAGAAAAUUCAUCUUUUAUUCAAGAUAGUCAAGAAUACUCUUCCUCUUGUCAGUCUUUGAGCUCUGUUACACCACAAAUUCAGGUAAGUGAAGACAUAAGCAAGUCAUUACCUUCAGUUCAGCAAGAUAUCUCUGUAUAUAAGAUGUCAAAUGAAGUGGCCAGCAAGUCAUUAUCCUCAGUUCAGCAAGAUAUUUCUCUGUGUAGGAUGUUGUCAAAAUCUUCUGAUGUGAUUGACAACAAAAUGACCAAUAUAGCUUCAUCAACCAAUGAAGUAUCCCAUCUGUUACUCCAGCCAGAUAUCUCCCAAAAUGAGAAUACUUCUAAGAUAAAGCCUUCACAGAGUGAAAGUGCCAUCCAGGACUUUUCGCUUACACCCCUCAACCUGCAGAACCCCCUUUCCUCACCAAUAUUUGUCAAGAAGGAUCUAGUUGUUUCACCACUAUCCCGUAUUGCCAAGGGUGUCCAAAGCCUGAGUAUCAGCUUAAUGAGUGGCACUCGUGGACCUCAGAAAGGGUGUUUGGACAUUGAGGCAUAUGAAAAAUUGAAAGAAAGGAAGAAAAUGAGCCAGACUCGCAUCCUUGAAUUGUGAUGAAUGGGUCAAGGAACUUGAAUAAAGCUUUUGAAGUUUAACUACUUUUACUGCAUAUUAGUAGGUUUUUUGUUAAAUAUAUUUAUUUAAUUUGCUUGUAUAAUUACAUGUAGGUAGUUGACCACCUAGUCAUCCUGUGUGGAUCAGCUUGAAUUGAUAGGUAGGAUGAUGAAUUAGAGAAAUCAUAUUGACACAUUCCAGAUAAAGUGUACAUUUUUUUAUUUGUUUUUUAACACUGUACACAACUUAGUGACUUUUCACUGUUCAGUUCAAGAAGUAUUUUUUUAAGCUUCUUAAAGGAAUAGUAUUCUUGUAGUCAGUAUAUUUUGUAUCAUUGCUUACUUGCUUUUUAGACAAAUUAAUGAUUUAACAAUUUUGUCUUGUUACCAUUGCUAAUUUAUUACAUUUUUAUUCAAAGGAUCAUUGUUUACUUUUUUCGCAGAAUCAUUCCUAUGCACUUGUGGCCUCUAAUAAUCAUAACCUUUCUGGGCAUUAAAAGUAACAUGUCUUAAUCUGCUUUCAUUUUCUCAGAUCUCUCUCUGUCUAGCAAAGCAUUUACUCCACACACUUUCAGACAGUUCUCAAGCCCCUCUUUAAUGUCUAAGAUAACACUGUUGAUGAAUGUUUACAUCUUAGCAAAGUUAUGAGCACCAAAACAAUUGUAUGUUUGUUGGAGAUGUAAUUUCUCGUGCAUUCUGUAGGCUUAAAGUACAGCAUAUAUGAAAAUGAACUAAUUACAAAAUAUAAUGUUUAGCAUAGUAGUAUUUAUAAUAUAAAUUAUCUGCUUUUCAUAUUUGAAGACUUACAAGAGAAAAAGUUUAAACCUUAUGAUUGAAGGCACUUAAAUAGGAAAUGGAGACAUAGUCUUCAAAAAUUCAACCUUAUAUUUAAUUCCUUGUUUCAGUACACUUAACAGAAUUUAUAAGCCUUGAACUUAUUUAUCAUUAUUAUUAACAGUCAUCUGUCUUAGUUGUGUAUCAUUUUUUUUUACUUUCAUAAA